UCAAAUCUUUAUUUCAGGCUCGACCGCGAACUGGUCGAGGCGCGCGGCCCGCUUUUUUACCGUCCGAUACGACGCUUCUAAAUUUGAAUCUUCUACGGAGCAGUGCAAAUCGACGGCUCACCGCACGUGAAAAAUAUUUUAAGAAAGAACGUGCGUUUCUAGUCAUCGUUUCUAGUCAACCAGGAUAUUCUAACCUAGCUAACAUUGGUUCCUGGUUAGCCUGGAUCCUGAAGAAAUCCCUUCUUCGUACGAUCGUGCACGUUACUGCAUACGAGAAAGACGGUUCGUAAAAGUGAUCAAGCAUCGAUAUCACGUUUAUAGAAGAGAAGGAAAAAGUACGUGAAAGGAGAAGAAGAAAAAGACGUAGAAGAGGAUCGAAAGGAAGUUGUGUUGUCGUCGUUGUUACGAAUCGAAUACGUGAUUGGCUCUUGUCCGGUGUUUGACGAACCGAUGAAAUCCGGCGUGCGAAUCAAGUGACGCGUGUUGAUUCGAUCGCCAGAAAGGAGUGCAAGUUGAUUCGUGCCAAAAACUUGUGUAUUUCUACGUAAUUGUUUUAAAGAGAAGUUUUGUUUUGAUCUUAAAGUUGUACCUUUCGCGAGGGUGUUAGUGGGGAGAUAUCGAUCGCGGGACCAUUGACGUCCGUUCUGGAGAACGAGCUUUUCUCCUCGCACCUUUGACUAGGCUAACCUCUCGAUAAUCAUAUUUUCUCACUUUCGGUACAUACUUGCAUAUAUAUUACAUUAUAUAUUGUAUAUACAUAUAUAAAUCCUACGUGUAUCGUCUGAUGUGCACACGUACGAAUGAAAAUUAGAUGCUGGCUGGUUUUCAAGAGUUUGAAAAACGUGCCUGUUUCCAAAGUAAACUGUUUUGUGACAGAUGGAGGCUGUUCCAUGAAUCUUUAGUUCGAUGUUUGUCGAAAGGAUGUGGAUUUGAAAAUAAACUUAACCCGCCGGACAUCGUCUGUGAUCGUAACGCAUUUGAAAGAAAAUCACAUUUACCAGGCAAAAUUUUCGUUAAAAAAUCCAUGGAAAUUUUAUAGACAUAGAGACUGGUGGAUUAUUAGACAUCGUACAUAACCGAGUGCCUGAACGCGAUUCUCCAACUAUAUUGUGAUAAAAACAUCUGUGAAGAGUGCGCGAUCUCCGCCAUCUUUGUUUUGAUAUCGAUUUAGUGUACGCGAGAAGAUCGAUCGAUUAGUGAACGGGCCAUCGAGAUGUUCGACUGAUCGAGUUCAUUUCAAAUUGUGUUUUUAAUAUUCUAUCCAGUGGUUCCGAAGAGCUGUCCCAUCUCCACAACGCCGUACAAAAAUGGGUCGGAAGAAGAUUCAAAUUUCGCGCAUCACGGACGAACGGAAUCGUCAGGUGACCUUCAACAAAAGGAAGUUCGGGGUGAUGAAGAAGGCGUACGAACUGUCGGUACUGUGCGACUGCGAGAUCGCCCUGAUUAUCUUCAGUUCGAGUAACAAGUUGUAUCAGUAUGCCAGCACCGACAUGGACAAGGUUCUUCUCAAGUACACCGAGUACAACGAACCCCAUGAGUCCCUCACCAACAAGAAUAUCAUCGAGGCACUCAACAAGAAGGAACAUAAGGGUGCCAUGUCUCCAGAAAGUCCGGAGCCAGACGCGAUCGAGUACAAUCUCACACCGCGCACCGAAGCCAAAUACACCAAGAUCGACGAGGAGUUCCAGCUGAUGAUGCAGAGGCACCAGCAUAACGGCACUCGGGGACAAUCUAAUUACACUCUACCUGUAUCCGUACCAGUGAAUAGUUAUGGCGAAUCUCUACUUGGAUCUAGUCCUCAAAUGGCGCACACCAGCAUUUCUCCAAGACCGUCGUCUUCUGAAACAGACUCAGUAUAUCCACCCGGAGGGAUGUUGGAAAUGAGCAAUGGUUAUCCACCAUCAGCAUCACCGUUAGGAGGUUCACCUAGUCCUGGACCUUCACCGGCGUUAGGAGUCGGAGGGGGCAUUGCAAAUAAAGGCAGUAAUCCAUCUAGACAUUCGCCACAACCUCCGCCUCCACCACCACCGCCUCAUCCUCAUAGGACUAAUCUUCGAGUAGUUAUUCCAACACCCCUUACGCAACCUCUUUCUGAAGACACUAGUUAUGAUAGUGGUCAUGCGCAAUCGACAUUGAAUACACCAGUAGUGGCACUACAGACACCAUCAGUUCCAGCUGGAUAUUCUAGCUUUGGACCAACGGAUUAUUCCACAGAUCUUGGGAGUUUAGCAUGGUCUCAUCAGAGGUACGUUGAUGACUUAUCAAUGUAUUCGGCAGCCACCAUGUCCAGCAUCAGUGGUCUUCCUCAUCUAGCUGUGUCGAGUAGUACGCCACCACCAGCUACGUCGCCAUUACCAGUGAAAAUAAAAAGUGAACCGAUCAGUCCGCCAAGAGAUCCUCACGGUGGAAACAGUGGUUCGAGCAGCAGUGGACCCAGCAAUACCAGUAAUCUUCAUCACACAACUCUGAACGUUGGACCGUCGUCCAGUACCGGUGGACCACCCCCGCACCAUGUACCUCAUCCUGGGCCACAAUCGUUGAAUCUUGUGUCAAGCAGACCGAGCAGUAAUCCACCGCCAUCUCAUUCUGGUAGUAUAACACCGACGAACUUACCGUCACCAGGUAACGGUACCGUCGCAGAUAUCAGAACAAGCCACUCGAACGCGGGUGGGAACGGUGGAAAUAACUCGGACUAUGAAAACGGGCCGUUGAUGAAACGUUCCAGGAUCACUGAGGGCUGGGCGACUUAAUGUCAAUCGUACGGUUACGCUCGAUCGUUUCAUACCUCUACGUACAACGGCGUAUAGUGCUUGUGAGAGAAGUUCCAGGACUCGAAGUUGAAAACUUAUUUACACACACGUUUGACCAGUUUGGGUUUAGGUGCGUAUGUGAGAACGAUCCUCGCAGUCCGCCUGGCUGGUGGACGGAAACACAAAUUUGUUUAUAUUUUGAAGUCCACACACAACACAGAAAAAAAAAAAACACAUUUGUUUGACGAUUAAAUACGGUGCCAUAAUGUUGAAGCGUUACACGUAUAUUAUAUAUAUAUAUAUGUAUAUGUACACGCAUAUAAUAUAUGCGCGUAUAUAUAUGUUAUGGAUACAUAAAUAUAUAGAUACAUAUAUAUUCAUGUAUAUAAUACGAAGUUGUUUGUAUAUAUGUCAUAAAUUCAUUGUCAUUUUCUUCGUGAUAUGGCAUAUUGUGUCUUUGAUACUUGUCGCUGGGGCGAGGUUAUUCCUUUUUGAACAUAAAAAAGGAAAAGGAAUCAAUAUAUUAGAGAUGUUAAAUUGAACCGGGAGCAAGGCAUUUUGGGGAAUAAGUGCAUCGACAACCGAAUUUUUAAGAGCUUGCGAACGUCUAUGAUUUUACGGUUUAGAGAUUUACAAAAUAAUUGUACUUUGUUACUUGUUUUUUUUUUUUUUUUGUGCGUUAUGGUAGGUAGACAAAUCGCGGCAUAAUCCGUUAAUUGAUGUUUUACACACGAAUGCCGAGAGCGAUAAACAUAAUUUCUCUCUUAAUUGAAUGCCUAGUCAGAGAAUAAUGAUAUUCGAUUAGUGUAUAAAUUUUGUCUUACAAUUUUUAUAAUCGCAACAUUUCUUUCCUUUGAUGAAAACCGUACUUUUAUUUUAAACGAUCAGAAUCGAUCGUGUCUAACUUUUAUUAUAAAGAAUAUAUUAUAUAUAUACAUAUAUACGUAUCGUAGAUCGUCUAAUCUUCGUUUUAACGAUUCAUUAAGUGUCAAUGAUUUGUCCUUAAAUAGUAAGGUUUUCUCUUUUUCUUUUCUUUUUUUAGCGAACUAAUUAACGGUCUAUGUCCGCUAAUAAAACUGAUAAAUGAUAAUCGGCUGCUGUACUCAAAAUAAUUACCGUAGAAAACACAAUCGGAAAUUAAUAUAUUGAUUAUUACGAGGUAAUAGACGAGAUAUAUGCAUAUUAUAUGUGAAAUAAGCAUAUUAUAUAUAGCGUUGAUUAUUAAAAAAAAAAAAAAGAAAAGGUAUAUUCACACGAACUAGCAUAUGUAUACAUACGUACAUAUGUUAUAUACAUUUUCCACAAGUAUUUUGCACAUUUGAUAUGAAGAAAGAAAAAGAGGUAACACGGAAGGAAGAAACUUUGCAACCCUUAAAGCCUAAAUCAUACACAACGAGAGCUUGUGUUUCAUGCAAGCAUGUAUCAUCAAAUAGUAAUGUUAAAUGAGAACCAGCAGGUUCAUUUUAAUCAGUGUUUAGGUUAAAUUCUCUCAUUGCACACAAUUUCUCUAUGAUAAUUAGAAUCACAAUAAAAAUGAAAUAUAUAUAUAUAAAAAGAAUAUGUAUUAGAGUACAUACGUUGUAAAAAUGUUUCUAUAGAGAAAAUGAUAAUCGUUUGGCAAGAGAGGGUUGCAAUUGUAAAAUACAGAAUUGUCUUCUUCCUAAAUUAAACCGCUUUGAGAUGGUCUCAGCCUAUGCUUUACUCAAUCUCAGGAUAUAUCCUGGUGUGAAACUGCUCUCAAGAGUCGUAUUUGGUACAUUAAUGUAAUUAAUUAACGUAAUUAAUGGAAUACACAAACGGUAUAUGAAUAAAUAGUGCCUGGCACCAUUUGUGGCCCUCCUUUGGGUUGACUUACCCAUGUUGUCUGCACAAGAUAACUCGUCGAUGAGUUUGGUGUUAAGAAGAGUAUAUCAGUGAGAAGAUACAGAAAUGAAAUAAAAACUAAGAAGCAAGAAAUAAAGUGAUGGUAGAGUAGUACAGGGUGGGACAGUAUAAAGUUUGUUGUACCUAUAUUACAAUUAGAGGAAUUGUGAACUCUGUUUUAAAACGUUCUCUCGAUGAAUCGGCAACCUGGGAAGUCAGUCUAUAUUAUAUUGUAACCGAAGAUUAUAUAUGCGUACGUUAAACAAGAAAAAGAGUCAUAUAAUCUUCGAUAUUAAUUUGUUUCUUUACUAACGUAUAUUAGAAACGUAUCUGAUGACUGUACGAACAAUCGGUGUGCGAAACAUAAGAUACAAUGUAUAGUCACUAAUGAUUAAUCACAAAUUUUUAAGAUGAUCACAAAGUGCAAUCUCUUAGCCAACACACUUUUUUAUCAAAGAAAAAAAAGUAUAAAGAAAUUGUUAUUUUUCAUAAAGAAAAAAAGUAAGAUUUAAUGUAUUAAAAAAAAAAAGUAUAAUGUAUAUAUAUAUAUGUCUCCACUAGUUAUUAAACAUUUUCCUAUUGAUGCAAAAUUUAUUGUAUUUGAACUGAUAUUAUAUAUAUAUAUAUUAUAUAUAUAUAUAUAUAUCUCUGAACUUAAGUGUACAUGCCUGAAUUAAAUCCUUGAAAGAUAAUCUGCGAUACUUUGCAUUGGUUCUAGAUCUUAAAUCGUAACAGGUGGAUCAUCGAAUAAUAUAAUUACUUGUUAAUUAUAUUAUCAAUUACCUGAUAUUGUACAACCAUUUCUUGGCAGCAGCAUUUCGAAUUCAUUAUUUUGUGCUUCGUUUGUUCGUAUGAUAAGAACAUUUUGCACAAAGUUUUACAUUACUGAUUUUUGUAAUAAAUAAGAAAAUUUCUAUUGAAAAUCUUAAAUGAUUUUUAUGGCUACUUCAGGCACAAGCGAUCCUGUAUAACCAGCGAGUACAUUAUUGAUCCUAAGUUUGAAAUUUACUCAUAAAACGUAUAAAUACAUCAUUUUAUAUAUAAAUUAAAAUUAUCUCUCUUUCUUUUUGUUUCAUUUCUGAAACUUACGAUUCAAUAGUGUAUAUAUGUAGAAUCAGUUCUUCUUUGCAUGAAGCACAAAAUUCAUUUAUACAGUGUUAUAAGUCGUGUAUUGCAUACUAUUCUUUCGUAAAACUGUAAUUAGAAUUUAUUUUCUCCUUGAAUUAUUAAUCUGCUUGAGAGAAGUUGUUAUUAGUCGAUCCACCGAUCCACCUUUUGAUCUUGUUACAAAGGUGAACGUCGCGAUACGUAAAGCACAGGGCAAGGAUUAUAUUUGCUUACCGAUCUAUUUUAUUGUAAGGAUGCACACGAGAAAAAAAAAUUAAUGAUACGUAGUGGUACCUCUAAAGGUAGGAAACUUGUUAAAUGGUGUACGUUAAUGAUAAAUUGUGCGUACAUUUUAAUGUAUAUUUUUAAUAUGACGAAGUAUGCGUAAGUUACACAUAUGUACACACAAGUACACAGGCGACAAAUUCGUACGUGUAUCCCUUUUUCAUCUCAUCGCAUCUCUCUAUUUCACCCUCUUGGCGGGCACAACCGAAACCUGUGCGAAGAAGAGAACAAGUUGGAGCGUAUAUCUUCAGUCCUCUAAAAGCUCUUGUUAAAUGUUUAACAAUUUACAAUUUAUAACUUGUUACCAGUGUGAUUAAUGUUAAUCAGAGAUUAUUUACUUAUUUAUUAACUGUUAUAUACACAUAUAUAUAUAUUUCUUGAUCUACCAUAGAGAAGUAUGGUUGAAGGAAGACUCAUAAAACGCCCUGUCAUUGAGUUCACUCUAUUGGAAGUUGAGGAUCCUCGGAACUCGUUUCAGUUGUAUAAACUAAAUGAAGAUGAUAAAAAAAGAAAGGUUUCCUUUUAUUCUCUAACGAUAUCGAGGUGUACGGUUGUGCUCGCCCGAGAUACACAAACGAAAAGAAAUAUUGAGAUAUAUAUAUACACGUAAAGUGACGGCGAUUAUAUAUAUAUAUAUAUAUUAUAUACAGUAGUUGAAAACUCAGAGACUAUUGAAGUUGUUGGAACCGCUGUGAACGAAAUGGACCAUCAUUUAGAACAUGUUGUCGUAUGCAAUUUAAAUUAGACCACGAGAAUAAACGUAGAAAACCAGGUAGAGCUUUUGUACGGGAGCAAAGUUUGUUGGACAUGAUCGUUAAGUGAACAUUUUUAUUGGGCGCGUACAGUCGUGUGAAUAGUAGCCUUUUCUCGGUUAAGGGAAGUGUAAUGGGAGUGGCUAAACAGCCGACGCGAGCCGAACUGUGCCGAAAGCGAACCCGAAUGAGUCAGACGAGAGGUGGGGAACGCCUUCCAUCGCUCUACCCUUAAUCGACGAAAAUCAUCUAUGCACACCUGUGUACGAACUUAAACGGAUGCUCGUUUCGAUUUUUCCAUCCCUCCGUUAUAUCCUCUUCCACCUUCUUUUCGAUUUUUCGACGAUCUCGAAGAAUUUGCGUGUGUAGUUUCAAUUUCGAAUAUUCGUAUACCGUGCGAUCUUAAAAAGAUAUUAAUCAUUUUAAAAAUAAUCUUUUAUACACUCGGGCGUAUCAGAAUAUUCGAAGUUAGAUUAAUAAUUCAUGAGAUACUCGGAACAACUUUGACGCUUCGAUGUUGUAGAAUAGAAGAGAGCGUAGAGAGACAGUUGUAAAUAUAGAAAGAAAAAAAAAAAAACUUUAGUUUAACGAAUCGAUUGAUUAACCUUUUGUGCCUUCGAGACGAAUCGCGUUGCGAACUCUACUGUCGGGAAUCAAGGUAUUUUAAAGCGACAUUUUUCCAUUUGAAAACUUCGAAACGAUCUGGAUUCAAAGAGUACAAUUUUGAAACGAGGCUCUUCCUAUUCGAUUCUUAGUAAUAACUUAGAGUUUCACCGUUUCCUAUAGAAACACUUUGUUGGAGAACGUUUUUAAUAUAGGAAUUCGUUCACUAUGAUGGUGAAAUGUUAGAAAUUUUCAGUCUCAAAACUCCUAUUCGUUCACGAUCACCAUCAAUUUACAUAGAAAACGAACCGUCCCGAUGAUAAAGUGUUAUGAUCGUUCGCCACGUUAGAUUAGCGAACGAACUUAUCGGAAAACUUAAGAAUUUCUCUCUAUUUGUCCUCGUUGUUGAACUCGUGCAAUUGAGUCACGAAAAAUCGAAUCGAGCGUCCGAAUUCGACGACGUUGUAGCUCGGGAGGCGAAGACCCCCGUGAGUCAAUGGUGUGAACGGUGAAUCAGGGUCGCAAAGAUGCACAAGUAUCGGUUAACUCUCGCACACAGGUCGUAAAACUGUGACAAAAAAAAAAAGAAAAAAAAAACAAUACAGUAAUGCUCGGUGAGUGGUCGCAAAUUUUGCCCGCUUAAUAGUCGUGGAGUCUAUACAUCUCAUUAACGAUGAAGCAAGUGUUAACGGCCCACCGAGAUAAAAGUCAUUGAAAUUUUAAAUUUUCUACGUCACACUGAAUUAAUAUUAUUAAUAUUAAUACUGCAGUGUGAGCAAUCGCUGGAACACUAACGGAGCAUUACUGUAUAUAAAGGAAAAUUCAGAAAAUUUAAGCGAACAUACUAGCCACAACUGUUUUCACCGCGGAGUACAUGAACGUACAUAAUUAUAUGUAUAUACACAUACACAAACAGAUAUAUGCGCGCAUAUAAGAGUAAGUUUUAAAUACUGAACAUAUCUGUAAAGCCACGUAGCAUCACGUUUUUAAAGGUGAUCCAAAAUACACACUACUAUUUUAUCGUGAACCAUCGGUCCGUACGUUUUCUGGCUGGUUUGACCGUCAUUCGAUGUUGAUUCGUUCUGUAAAUAAAAUAGGGUAAAAGAAUGAAUGAAAUAAGAAAAAAAUUACGUAUAUAUAUAUAUAUAUAUAUAUGUAUGUAUGUAUAUGGUACAUAAAUAUAUAGGAUGAACCUCGCUCGAAGAGAUUCUUUUUCACAUGAUCGAUCGAAGCUUGAAAACGCACGGGACUACUUGUAUGGUUAUUAAUAUACUUUUUAAAUAUUAUUGCAUAACGAUACUGUUAUUUGUACGAUACAUGUAAUAUGUACAGAGGAUUGUACAUCGAAAAUAGUUUCUCCUAUUCUUUUUUCAAGAUAUGAAAGAAUAUUAUUUGAUGAAAUUGUAUGGUGUGAAGAUCGUAAUGUGUUAAUAAUAGUUUCUUCUAUGAAUGGAGAUUUCAAGGAUAUUAUAUUACUAUUUUCUUAGCCUUAAUAAGUCAUAAAUAUUGUAAUUGUUAAAUUAGUUAUGUCUCCUAUUCAAUAUUUUUCUAACAGUAAAUUAUUUUAUAAAUAAUAUUCUUCCAUAUUCUUAGAAAUAGCAGAAACAUUUUCUAUGGACAAAGUUAAUGCCCCGCUUUGUAUAUGUACAAUUAUAAGAAAUGAUCGUUUACGUUGUACUGUUAAAGAGCGGCCCAUCGAACGUCGAGCGGGGUACAAUGAAAGGGAGGAAAAAAAGAAUUAAGAGAAAAAGAGUAAAGGAAAAAAAGGUGUAUAAAGGUUUUUAAAUAGACAACACACAAAUACAGACAAACACAGACACACGUACUGUAUGUAAUACCGAAGUUUAACCGCGUAACGUGCUAUAGAUAUUAAACUAUUAUGGCGUAUAUUAUAGUUGUGCGUUUAAGUAGACUAAUCGAUCCGUGCUGAUAAGCGGAGAGAAGAAUAAGAUUUUUUCGUAAUUUGUAUAGUGCCAUUACCGUGAAUUUCACCGAUCCUCAAGAGAGACGAACCGAUUUUUAUUAUUUUACGUUCAAGUUGCCUCCGUUUCUUUCUUCUUUCUCUUUCAUUUUAUUUCUCUCCUGUUUGCUGUUUUCUGGUUCCCAGAUUAUCCGAAGACUCUUGGUUUACAGGCUCGUAAUCGGUAUUGAUCGUCAAGAUCGUUGUACAAAACCGCGAGAUGAAUCUUUUCUCUGAUCUUGUUUCUUCGUUGAAGAAUGUUACACCUAAAACGACAGAAGAUAGAUUAAAAAUAUGGCCGAGUAGAAUGGUAUCGGCAUUUGUCGCGUGAAAAUCGGGCACCUACGAGUCGCUUCUUUCAUUUUGAUCUCGAUUCAAGGAUGAAUACUAGUGCAAUAUUAAUGCUACUUAAAAUUAAUUUUUAGUUACUUUUCUUUCUGCUACCUUACUGUAUCAAAUUUUUUAGUUUUUGAUCCUUCCAAAUCUCUUCAGGGAUUUUGAAUAUUUUCUUUUCGUUGAAAUUAUACAGUAUAUUAAUAUUUCUGUGAUGUGUAUAAAAUUAUUAUUAAAAGUACUCGCCAUUGCCCGAUUUAAACGUGAUAACAUUUAACACGUAUUUCUUUGGUGCUCGACAUAUCCGGUCGUUGUUACAUGUUAUAUUAUUGUCAAUACGUUAUAAUAAUAAUAAUAAUAAUAACAAUAACAAUCCAUCGUGAUUAUCAUCAUUAUCAUCGUUGUCUCGCUAUUAUUACUCUUACUGUUAUUACCACACAACCAUUACCACUACUAUUAUUAUUACUCUACUACCGUUACUACUACUAUUAUUACUACUAUUAUUUGUAUUAUUAAUAUUAUUAUUAUUAUUAUCGAUCAUGAACGAUCAUACCCGUCGUAUCGCCUAUUGCUCGGUCAGUAUGAUGAUGAUGAUUUUUAUUGAAAUUCAAGCGAUGAUAAUCGAAAAAAAUGAUUUCGUACGGUCACUUGUGUACAUCACAAACUCAAUCACACACGUACACGAACAAUAUGCAGAAACACAUAAUUACGUGCAUAUACAUAGGCGCGCCCCCGAGGAACAUUGUAAACACACAUUGUGCUAUAUUUCAGUGUAUCAAGUGCAUAAUGAUAUGAUGUUUCCCAUAGAAUACAUUUUACUUGGUUUUUA